GGAAAUGCAGUUGUUGGUUCAAAACUUUUAGAGCAUGGAGCAACAGUGGACUUGAAGGAUAAAAAUGGCUUCUCGGCUUUAGCGUAUUCUUGUAUAUUUUCUAAUUGUGAUUUUGUGUCUCGGUUGAUAGAGAAGGGUGCAGAUGUAAACGUCCAAGACAAAAGCCGCAUGAGUCCAUUAUUGUGGGCGGUGUCAAGUGGAAAUGAGGAUAUUGUGAGAGCUUUGUUGGCCGCCAAAACUGUCGACGUCAACAUACACACCUUUGAUGGAGUAGACGCUCUUCAAAUCGCUGCAGAGAAGAGUUUGGUUAACAUUGCUAAAGUGCUACUUGAAAACCAUAUUUCAUUGAACUCGAAGGAUGCAAAUGGCUGGUCAGCACUUAUGAGAAGUGCUAGAAAUAAUCAUUGGAAAUUUGUGAAGUUGCUGGUGGGUGAGAAGGCUCAUGUGAAUGAAACUAACCUUGAAGGGAAUUCAGCUCUCCAUAUUUCAAUAAUUCACAAAGGCACUGAAAGUUCAUCUAUUUUAAUAAAGCAAGAAAAUAUAAACAUAAAUAAUCCUAACAAACUCGGGGUAACUGCCCUCAUGUUCGCCUCAUUGAAUGGGGAUUCACGAAUUGUUAAAAAAAAACUAUUGAAAAAGGGAGCCGCACACUCCAUAAAUGUGAAAUGCAAAAAAGGAGACACGGCUUUAUUUUAUGCUAUUUUAGGAAAGGAUGAAGAUGUUAUUGAGACUUUACUGAAAAAAAUGCAGAUACUAAUGUCACUAAUAAUCUUGGGGAAUCACCGCUCAGUGUUGCAACUGCUUACAGAAAUUUUAAUUUAACUGAAGUGCUAUUGAAACGGAAGAUAAAAUCAAGGACUGUAGACCUUGAACACACCAAAUGUUUGCUUGCAUCUGUUGCAAACAGGGACACAGCUAGUGUUAAGAUGUUACUGUCAUAUUCGAAAACUCUGCUGGAGGAUAUCGCCCAGUCUUGCGGCAUGCAGUUCUGCCUUCUGCAUCUCGCUUCAUUUAAUGGCGAUAUUGAUAUAGUCAAGUAUAUUCUGGACGCUGGAGUAGAUGUCAAUGUAGUAAACGCGAAUAGUGAGACUGCUUUGAUUCCAAACAUCAGAGCUGGGCACGUUAACAUCGUGCAAUUAUUGAUUUCAAAUGAAGCAGAUGUUAAUCGGUCUGAUCUUAACGGAGAAACUCCACUUAUGGUGGCAUCAUUCACAGGAAAUAUGCAAAUUGUGAAACUACUGUUGAAGAAAGGAGCAUUACAGAAUUCAACAAACCUGAACGGAUUCUCAGCUUUCAUGCAAGCAUCUUACAUGGGUCACCUGGAAAUCGUUGAGACUUUAUUCAAUUCAGAACAAGAAGUUGAUCAAACCGAUUCACAAAAAUGGACAUCUCUGAUGUUGUCAUCUUGGAAUGGUCACACUGAAGUAGUUAAAUACCUGCUGAAAAAAGGUUCAUCCCCCAAUAGAGUAUCCACUUUAGGAGUAACAGCUUUAAUUAUUGCUGCUGGACAUGGCAAGGCCGAUGUGGUCUCGGAGCUUUUAAAUUCUGGAGCAUCUCUCAAUGAAGAAGAUUCAAAUGGAUCUACAGCACUUAUAAUGGCUACCAUAUGCAGACAUGCCAAAGUCGUAGACCUUCUCAUUGAAGCUGGUGCUGAUGUCAACCAUUCGGACAGCUACAAGAAAACAGCACUGAUGUAUGCUGCCCAUCAAGGCGAUGCGGUUAUCACCUCAUCACUCAUAAAAGGUAAAGCUGACUGCAGUGUCAAGGAAGAAGUUGGUUGGACGCCGCUGAUGCUCUGUUCACAGAAUGGAUUCACAGAUUGCAUGAAAUUGAUACUACAAGAAAAUGUGCCACUGGAUGAAGUUGAAGUGUCAGGCCACACCGCCUUAAACAUUUCUGCAGCAAAUGGCCAAGUAGAUGCGGUGUGGGUGCUUCUGGAAAAUGGAGCUCAGCCGAAUAUACCUAAUAACAAAGGCUUAACUCCGCUGAUGCUUGCGGCAAAAAAUGGCCAUGAUGAAAUUAUAAAGCACUUGCUGUUCCACCAUAAUAAUAAUAAGGCUAAAAUAAAGGAGACUGACAAAGAAGGUAAAACAGCGCUUUUAUUUGCCGCGGAAUACAAUCAAACACGUGCACUUACCACAUUGAUUGAGGCUGGUGCUAACGUCAACGCCACCUCUAAUGCCGGCACAAGUGCCCUGCACCUCAGUGCCAUGUAUGGGGACAACGAUAAUCUUAGUAAACUACUUGCCACUAAAAGGUAAAGAUGGAUAGCACAGAUAAAGAUGGCAAUACCCCACUACUGCUGUCUGCUCAACAUGGAAGCUUUUGGGUUCUCAAAAUACUGAUUGAUGCUGGUGCGAACGUAAAGAAAAAGAACACAGCGGGAGACAAUGCAUUUCAUUUAAGUAUUAGAAGCAACUGUGUGGAAGCACUGAAGAUUCUUUUA